CCCCUCUCUCUCUCUCUCUCUCUUUCUCUCACCACUUACUAGUUACUACAUGGAACCUUUAUUAGAGGAAGAAGAAGAGCAUCAACUCGACCGAAUCGAUUCACUCCCUGACACUGAUCUCGCUUCUACCAGUUCAAGCCUAUCAUUCAUACUCACCACUGAAGAUUCUAGAAGCACCUCUAGCUCUGGAGACAUCUCCACUAGUUCCGGCGAGAUCCCGGUUAUUCUGGUGGAGGAAGCGGUAAUCCCUAGGCUGGUGGACCCCGUUCUUUCCAACAAUGAGUUAACGGCGAUGGUAACUGCGAGGCCAAAGUGUGUGGGAAGGAAUAAUCAAGGACUUAACUGGGGGUUUGCUUCCGUGAUUGGGAGACGGAGAGAGAUGGAAGACGCCAUCGCCGUUAGACCAGCCUUCAUGUCUCGCACGUGCGAUCACGUUGGUGGUUGUACGGCUCCCGGUUCCAGAACAUCUGCUGAGAUCUCUCCCGUCCAUUUCUUCGGCGUCUAUGAUGGCCAUGGUGGCUCGCAGGUGGCUAAAUUUUGUGCUGAGCGAAUGCACGAGGUGAUAGCUGAAGAGUGGGAUCGAGAAGCCUUUGAUGGAUGUGGGUGGCAGAAGAAAUGGGAAAUGGCAUUUUCUAGUGGUUUUAAGAGAACUGACAAUGAGGUCCUUACGGAAGCUAUAGCACCAGAAAUGGUUGGAUCAACUGCUGUAGUUACGGUUCUAUCCGGUUGUCAGAUUAUUACAUCCAAUUGUGGCGACUCAAGGGCUGUGCUGUGUCGCGGGACUGAAACAAUACCCUUGACCGUCGAUCAGAAGCCUGAUAGGCACGACGAACUCUUGAGAAUCGAAGGAGAGGGAGGGAAAGUCAUAAACUGGAAUGGUGCUAGGGUUUUUGGAGUUCUUGCUAUGUCCAGAGCUAUAGGUGAUUGGUACUUAAGGCCAUGGAUAAUUCCAGCGCCAGAGAUAACUUUCGUGACAAGAAGUGAUGAGGAUGAGUGUCUGAUAUUGGCAAGUGAUGGGCUUUGGGAUGUCAUGACAAACGAAGAGGUUGGAGAGGUUGCUCGUCGCAUGCUAAGACGGAGACGCAGGAUGAUAAAUGAAGAGGUUUCUCCGGCACAAGCUGUGGCUGAUAAUCUCAAGGAUAUAGCGUAUGGAAAAAACAGUUCUGAUAACAUUUCUAUCAUUGUUGUUGAUCUAAAACCUAGGAGAAGGCGCCAGAAAAGACACUGAAAAAAAAAGGGAGUAAUGCAACCAUUUUCUCUCUCUCCUACUUCAAAUCCAUUUCUCUUUGACCCAUUGAAGUUAAUUCAGAGAUGAGGUUUGCAGGAUGACAUAGUGACGAUACACCCCAUAGGACAGCAUGUUCCUCCUUCAGCUGCCAUUCUUGACCUGUACAGAGCUGACCGCCAAAUAACACUGUUUCUUAGUAACAAACGUAAUAGGAUUGUUACUACAAAACGGUAGAUCAAUCCUCAAUUUUUGUCGGUUUGGUCAAGGCAAAUUAAAUACCAAGUAUUAAAAACAAAUUAGAGGUGUUCCAGUAUAUACAUGAAUAUGAAGACAUGGUAGAAGGAUAAAAA